AUGGAAGAAAAUGCAAACACCAGUUUGGAAGAAGAUUUCGAAGGACAAGCAACACACACAGGGCCCAAAGGUGUGAUCAAUGACUGGAGAAAGUUUAAAUUAGAAAGUGAAGAUAAAGACUCCUUACCCUUGAGCAAGAAAGAAAUUCUUAGACAAAUGUCUUCACCACACAGGUCCUUCAGUAAAGAUGAUAAAGAUACCAGAGAGAGAUUCUGCCGUAAGAUGAGUAUGCAGGAGUAUGAAUUAAUAAAUGAUGAGAAAGAAGAUGAAAGUUGCCUACAAAAAUACCGUAAGCGCUGCAUGCAAGAUAUGCACCAAAGGCUGAGUUUCGGGCCUAAAUAUGGCUAUCUGUGCGAGCUGCAAAAUGGAGAACAGUUCCUGGAAGCCAUUGAAAAAGAACGUAAAACUACCACUGUCAUUGUUCACAUUUAUGAAGACGGCGUCAAGGGCUGUGAUGCUCUGAACAGCAGCUUAACCUGCCUUGCUGCUGAGUACACUACUGUGAAGUUCUGCAAGAUCAAAGCCUCUAAUACUGGGGCUGGAGAUCGCUUCUCAGACGAAGUGCUUCCCACUCUGCUCAUCUAUAAGGGCGGAGAGCUUCUGAGCAAUUUCAUCAGCGUUUCUGAACAAUUCAAUGAGGAAUUCUUUGCUGUGGAUGUGGAAUCUUUCCUAAACGAGUAUGGGUUGCUACCUGAAAGGGAGCUUCCAGCACUCGGAAAUGUCAACACUGAUGAGCAAGAUGUUGAAUAGAAAGCCAUAGUCCUCGCUGCCUUCCCUUUCUCUCCUGCACAUUAUAUAUCAAUCUCAGUAAUACCCACCUCAUUUAGAGAAGGCUGUCAUUGCUUCCUAAAGAAUUUCUGAGAUAUGCAUAUUUAAAUACUCCUUAGCUAUUAGUGUGUGAAUUUUUAAGCAAAGCACAUACAACAGCCAGCAAUGUACAUAGUUAUUUCUACACCAGGCACAAAUAACAGGAAGAACAAGAGAUGAUACUGAUGAUCUGCAAGAAACUAGGCAAGCACAAAAUUAAAAAUCAAGGGCCUGAGCAGGUCUCUGCUAUGCACAAGAAUGACUUCACAUCAAUAGGAACAGAACUGAUCUGUGCCUGUGCAUACAAGAAAAGCCAUCUCCAUCAUCAGAAAUUGUGGAGAGUCCUGGCUCCACAGAUUCACUUUCCCAACUACUUUCAGUAGGAACAAGACUUCGUCA